GCUCAAGGGAGUUUUCUUCAGUUCUCUGCCUCGUCCUUCCCCUUCUCCACUGACAAACCUCCCCAGUGCGACCUGCACUGGGUUUGCAGCUCUGCUGUCCUCAAAACAGGCGCCAGAAGUGAAGCAGAGCAGCAGCUGGUGGCAGAGCAGUGGGACUUCUUGUGCCAGCUGGAGAUGGUCGGGGAGGAAGGUGCCUUUGUACUGGGCUGGGACGAGGUGCUGACAGAGGAAGAGCUGUCCACAACCCUCAAGGUGCUGUGCAUGUCAGAAGAAGAAUUCAAGGAGUAUAAGGAACAAGAUGGCUGGGAAGAUGACAGCGAGGAAGAGGAAAGCUCCACCCUUUCCAAUGAGGCUCUCUCCAGACUUAAAACCCCUUGCAAGAAGCUCCUCUAUGACAGCAUCCUGCUGACCCUGGAGUCCUACAGGUCUGACUUGAAAGCAGAGCAGGACUUGCUGAAUGACCAGGAGGCUUAUGAGAAGCUGAGCCGAAGGGAGCAGCAGGCUCUGCACGUGCGCUACGGCCAGAAGAGGAUCUUGCACCAGCUGCUGGAGCUGGUACGCUAG